UUCGACCCCUCCUACUUUUGGAAAAUGAAUUCUAUCUACGCUGAAGAGGAAGGGCAGAACUUGAGGAAGAACAAACAUUGGCAUGGUUAGAAAUAGCGUGCAUGUUACCUCCUCCGACUUGCAAGUGACAAACGUGAACCCUGUCGGGGUACUUCAAGAACACGCUUUAAAACUGGGGUACACGCUUCAAUGGAUUAGAGUGUGGACCUGGGGAUGCCCCUUCAAAAUUACUGCCUCACCCUGGUGAAGUAAAGUCGCGGCUAGCGUGUCCCUGUCUGUGACUGUCUUAAAAAGGAAAAUAUAUACUAGGGAGACUCCAUUCAUGCUGAGUACAAUGUUACGUAUUCUGUAACUCUAAAUGGAAUCACGGAACUGGUUUGUUGAAAUCGUUAUCUCUGAAGAUCAGAAUGUACUGGUGUGUGCAUACAGAGGAGUCUGCUUCCACUGCCUGUAACAGGAGUAACAUGAGUGUUCAAAAUGACAAGGCAAAAGAACAAAAUGGUGGUGUGGACAUGGGAAGCAAACAGUCCACUUUGGGCAAUUCCUCCCUGACUCAGUCCUCCUCAUUUCAAAAUAUUCAGGAUGCCUACAAAGCUGGGGAUACUGCUACCGCACAAGAACAGAUUAGAUUACUGUCUGCAGAUGACAAACUCAAACAGCAAAAGUGUCAGCUUCUUAGUAUUGCAGCUGCAUUUGGCGAUCUGGAGAUGGUGCGUUAUUUGCUCAAGGAAGCGAAAGCUCAGAUGCCAAAGGAGCCUAGCGAUGAACAUCCAGCUGUACUGGCUGCAUAUUAUGGUCGCCAAACCAUUGUCGUGGAAUUACUUGACACUGUGCCAAGUCUUGUUGUCAACCAGGAAAUGCUGACUUGGAUGUUAACUUCAGCUUGCCAGCAAGGACACUUUGAAUUAGUAAAAACUCUAGUACUCCUGUAUUCUGCUGACCCUGAAUCUUGUGCAGUUAAAAAAAAUCGAUUUCCUGUCAUUACUGGAUAUCCUCUUUAUGCAGCUGUAAAAUCAGGGAAUGAAGAAACUGCAGCAUUUUUGCUACAGAAUGGAGCUUGUCUGUCUUCUUAUAUCCUGGUGGAUCACCCUGAAACUACCAAGCAUCUGUUAAGAAAUCAUUUUACUGAAACAGAAACACCAGCAAGUCAGGCUUCUGAAGAGUCUGCCCUCUGUCUGAGGUGGUCAGGUCUUCGUUUACCCUGGUUGGAGCUAGACUGGUUUAUAGAUAUAGCAGUUCGAAUAACGGAGCUGGAUCUGUCCAAGAACUGCCUGACAUCUCUUCCAUCUAUUAUACCAUGGGGAUUGACACAUCUCAUAAAAAUUGACCUGUCUUCAAACCGUUUCACAGAACUACCAAGUACACAAUCAUCUGAAGAGAUUCUCUGUACAAGCUUAAAAGAGUUCAACGUAUCGAGCAAUGAACUUUCCAGUCUCCCAUCUGGAUUAUUGCACCUUGGAAAACUACAGAGACUUAUUGCUGCAAAAAAUCAACUGGAAACGUUAUUUAAAGAAGAUAGUGUAACUAACUGGAUUGGCCUGAGAAAAUUGGAAGAACUUGAUGUAUCGGAAAACAAAUUUUCGGAGCUGCCUACACAAGUGCUCCAUUGUUUAAAAUCACUUACUUGCUUGAAUAUCUCUUCAAACAACAUCAAGGUAUUUCCAGAACCCUGGGCCUGUCCCAUGCAAUACUUUAAAGCAUCUAACAAUGCUUUAGAAGUUCUGCCAAACAACCUGUCUGUCUUCUGGAAAACCAGUCUGGUAGACGUGGAUGUUUCUGACAACGUAAUUAAAGAUGUUCCCCAAACAGUAUUUCAGCUGGAGAGCCUGACUUCACUUAAACUAGCUGGGAAUCGGUUGACCUUGUUGCCUCCACCUGACACAUGGAAUUGCUGUCAGCUCAAGGUGCUAGAUCUUUCCAAAAAUCAGCUUGGGAAAUGUGAAGAAGGAAUGAAAACCAAAAAACGAAUAUUUACAUGGUACCGGGGGAAGCAGAAUACAGCGUGUUCAGUGGAAUUCCCACAGUUUCUCAGUGAUUCACUUGAAGUCCUUUUCCUGAAUGAUAAUCUUCUGGAAGUUGUGCCACAAACUGUCUGUUGCUUGAAAAGCCUAACUGAGCUGUAUCUUGGGAAUAAUCCAGGUAUCCGAGACCUCCCACCAGAGCUUGGACAGUUGGCGAACCUCUGGCAGCUAGAUAUCGAGGACUUAAAUGUCAGUAAUGUGAGCCCUGAAGUUCGAAAAGAUGGGCCUGGAGCAGUGUUGGCCCAUUUAAGGGCACAGUUGCGAAAAGCGGAAAAAUGCAAGCAGCUGAAAAUGAUCAUUGUGGGACCUCCACGGCAGGGGAAGUCAACACUGCUGGAGAUUUUGCAAACAGGAAGAUCACCACAAGUCAUGCACACUGACUGCAGUAUUAAUACAGUCAGAUGGGAACUUCAGAGACCAGCUGGUGUCAAAGUAAAAGUGGAUUCAGUAGAGUUUUACGUUUGGGAUAUCGGGGGCCCAGCCAGUAUGUCUACAGUGAAUCAGUGUUUUUUCACUGACAAAGCUUUGUAUGUGGUUGUGUGGAACCUGGCUCUUGGGGAAGAGGCCGUGGCAAACUUACAGUUCUCCUUAUUAAAUAUUGAGGCAAAAGCUCCAAAUGCUGUUGUCAUUGUAGUGGGGACACAUCUUGAUUUGAUUGAUCUGAAAUUCCGCACAGAAAGACUUGCCACUCUUCGAGCCUAUGUCCUUGCACUCUGCCGAUCUCCAUCUGGAACAAGAGCAACAGGCUACCCAGACAUCACAUUCAAACAUUUACAUGAACUAUCCAGCAAGAGCUUAGAAGGCCUGGAAGGGCUUCGAAGGCUUAUAUUUCAGAUGUCAUGCAAUAUCAAAGAUGUUGGCAACACAAUUUGCUCUCAACGAGUGGUUGAUAGACUGAUUCCAAGAAGCUACCUCGCUCUGCAGGAAGUGCUGCUCAUGGAGAAACAGAGGAGAGCUGUCGACGAUGAAGUACAGUAUCUCACAGACACCCAGCUGGACCAGAUCAUCGAACAAACUGAAGGAAAUGAUAUUCAGGACUAUGAAGAUCUCCAGUGUGCUAUUAGCUUUCUCAUCGAGACAGGAACGCUGCUCCAUUUUCCAGAUACUAGUCAUGGCCUGAGGAACUUGUAUUUCUUGGAUCCUGUCUGGCUUUCUGAAUGCCUGGAGAGAAUUGUAAACAUCAAGACCUCCAGGUCUGUUGCUAAAAAUGGAGUAAUCAAAGCAGAUGAUCUACGCAUGCUGCUGGUGGGAACAGGUUUCACCAAGGAGACCGAAGAACAGUAUUUUCAGUUUUUGGCCAAAUUUGAAAUUGCUCUGCCAGUUGCAAGUGACAGUUACUUGUUGCCUCAUCUACUUCCGUCAAAACCUGGCAUGGAUAUUCAUGGCUUGAGAAACAGAACAACCAAUACUAUUCAGCGGCUGUUUAAGAUGAGUUUUGUCCCAGUAGGUUUUUGGCAAAGAUUUAUAGCCCGGAUGUUGAUCAGUCUGUCAGAGAUGGAUCUUCAGCUGUUUGAAAACAAACGAGGUGCUCCAUCAGGAAGGCAAAGGCAGAGUGUAAUUUAUAGUUUUACAAGUUAUCAGAGGAGAAACCGCUGUAGCACCUUUAGAGUAAGAAGAAAUCAAACCAUCUACUGGCAAGAAGGCCUGCUAGUAACAUUUGAAGGCGGCUACUUAAGUGUUGAAUCUUCAGAUGUCAACUGGAAAAAGAAAAAAAGUGGAGGAAUAAAAAUUAUUUGCCAGUCCGAAAGUAGGGAUUUUUCAGCAAUGGCUUUUGUCACAGACCAUGUGAACUCUCUAAUAGACCAGUGGUUUCCUGCACUUACAGCCACAGAAAGUGAUGGAACAUUGUUGAUGGAACAGUAUGUUCCAUGCCCUUAUUGUACCACCAAAGCCACAGAACUCUCAGAAGACACUAAAACCUCAGAUUACAUCUAUCACUUUAACAUGGAGGACUGUGUUAUAGCUGCAGUGGAACGCAAUCAAAUUCUCUGUCCUUCUCAUCCAUCUGAGCCAGUUGUUUUGCAAGAGUUAGUUCCAGAGCUGUUUAUGACAGAUUUCCCUUCAAGACUCUUUUUGAAUCUUAACUUCCUGCAGUACAGUGAAGAUGAAACCAAUAUACUUGGCCAAGGAGGCAGUGGGACAACCAUUUAUAAAGCAAGUUAUGAGGAUAAGCCAGUAGCAAUUAAGAAAUUUAAUUUCAAGAAAAGUCGCACACAGACUGAUGACCCAAAUGGAGAUACAAUGAUGAAACACUUAAAAGCAAUGGAAUGUCUGCGAAACUUUUCAGAGUUCCGUCAAGAAGCUAGCAUGCUACAUUCCCUACAGCAUCCUUGUAUUGUUUCUCUAAUUGGAAUCAGUAUCCGACCUCUCUGUUUUGCCUUACAAUUGGCCCCGUUGGGCAGCCUAAAUACUGUUUUGUCUGAAAACGUCAAAGGAAAUGCAUUUAUACCUCUUGGACCCUUGCUUACAUACAAAAUAUCCUAUCAGAUCGUAGCAGGAUUAUCAUAUCUUCACAAAAAGAAUAUUAUCUUUUGUGAUCUUAAGUCAGACAACAUUUUGGUUUGGUCCCUGAAUGUGGAAGAGACAAUGAACAUUAAACUGUCUGAUUAUGGCAUUUCUCGACAGUCAUUUCAUGAAGGGGCCUUGGGAGUGGAAGGGACUCCUGGAUAUCAAGCACCAGAGAUCAGACCACGAAUAGUCUAUGAUGAGAAGGUAGACAUGUUUUCAUUUGGAAUGGUCUUGUAUGAGUUGAUUUCUGGCCAGAGGCCUGUCCUUGGGCACCAUCAAGUUCAGAUUGCAAAGAAGCUUUCCAAGGGCAUCAGACCAGUACUUGGCACACAUGAGGAAGUACAGUUCACUGGCCUACAGGAUCUCAUGAUGGAGUGUUGGGACACCAAACCAGAAAGGCGCCCAUCAGCCUUUAUCACGAUGAAAGUGAUGCAAAAUCCAAGCUUUGCUACUUUCACAUACCUCAUGCCAUGUGGGACACAUACACUGUUCUUCCCUUCUCAAGAAAAUGAGCACACAGUGGUGUUUUGGGAUGGAGUAGGCAGUUCAAGGAACUACACUGUAAUUAAUAUUGAGAAAGGAAUAACAGAAGUGCAGAGGAUGAGCUGUCCAGGAAUAAAGCUCUGCUGCCAGUUGAAAACACAGUCUACUCUCUGGCUUGCAAGUGAGCUGCAGUUUAUUUUUGUUUACUUUAUAAAGGGUUCAUGUCAUCUCAAUACCCCAUCACAGUACUACUACUGCCCUUCUGUCCUUUAGUGCUCCUUUGUACUUCCUGCUAGUAAGGAAAGGACUUUGAGUUCCUCUCUGGUUUUUGCUGGCUUUGUUGAUGGAUUGGUUGGUGUUUAUUCAGUAGCAGAUGGCAUUCCUGAUGACAGUGGGUCAUACCUCUGCUCACACACUGCAAACAAACUCAUAUUUAAAAUGUCUGACAGUGACAUUCGCCAAAAUCCCUAUCCUGUAGUGGCAAUGGUAGUAGUAAACAGUGGAUCAGAGGUUUGGUACAGCAAUGGUCCAGGCAUCCUUGUUAUUGACUGCUUAACUUUGGAAAUUGUUAGGAGACUGGAACCAUAUGAGCCACAUUCAUUGAUUAAAUCGAUGGCCUGUAACUCUGAAUGCAGUGGAGAGGAGGUGGUGUGGUGUUUAGAUGACAAGACAAACACUUUGCUAAUGUAUCAUGCAGCAUCAUAUCAACUCUGUGCACGAUAUUUCUGUGGUGACAACAACCCAUUAAGGGACAUGUUUACAAUCCAGCAACCAACUGCAAUCAUCCCUACUACAACCACUCUUGCAAGGAGAGUACCUGGUAACACCAUUCCAGCUGACCGAAGCAUUCUUCAUAGUGAGCAGACAGGAAUGCGGAUGUUAAGCAAUGACAACUCCAACACAGAAUAUUGUUCAAUUUCCUCCAAUUCUGAAGAUUCUAACAGAAACAAUAGAUCUUCGUCUAGUUUAAUAGGUUCGCCUGUGAGUUCCAGCAGUGUGCCUUUUUCAACAGACCAUGAAGACUCUAGUAACUUUUCAGAAAUGUUUUUCUCUCCAGGUGGAUCUGAAAACAUUGGAUCUCUUCCAGAAGAGCCUGCAGAACAUCUGCAGGCUGUGAAGGUACUUGCUGUAAAGGAUAGCCUAUGGAUUCCCAGGAAAGGUGGUGACAUCAUUGUGAUUUCAUUGGCAAAGGAAUCUGGCAGAGUAGUGGCAGUGCUGAAAGUUGACACCAUGGCUCAUUUUGGGUCACUGGUUGAUGCAGCUGUUGUAGCAAAGGACACUGUUGUAUGCUGCUUCCAGAAAGAAAACAUGGAGUGGUGCCUAGCUGUCUGGAGAGGCUGGGGAGCCCGAGAGUUUGAAAUCUUUUACCGUUCUUAUGAAGACCUUGGGAGACUUGAAAUCAGUAUGCGAAAAAGAAAGUAGUUGUUAUGGCACUGCAGCCUAGGCUUUCUGAAAGAUGGACUACAGGGAAUACAAACUCCCAUGGUUCAGUGUUUCUGCCCAAGUACUUAGAAAUGCAAGGGGUUCUCUCUCUCUCUCUCUCUUUUUUUUUUGUUAAGUAUGAAUUUGUUUGCUGCUAAAACACCAAGCAGGAUUCCUGCCAAGUUGACACAAGAUGAUUUUUAUGUUCUUUUACACUUAAGAACUGACGCACAAAGAGAAAAUGUUUAAUUCAUGAUGAAAUAAAAAUGCUUGUGUAGAUUUUAUCUGUCUGUUAAUACACAUGAAGAUAUUUUUUCAAAAUGUUACUGCCUUUGUAAACACAUGUACAUAAUGUAAUUUAUAAGAUUCUGGUAUACAUAAUAUGUUUAUAUGUAUUUAUGGAUUAAGGUUAUUGAAUAAAAUAUGCCAGUAUUUUCAUACUAUACUGAGAAUGGGGGAUUGGUAGAUUCUGGUAAUUGAACUGCUGUCUUCAGUUUGGUCUUGUAUAUGGAAGAAAAAAGAAAACAGUGUAUGAAAAGCCAAAGCUGAAUUUUUUGUACAUACAAGUCUCUCUUCACUAGGAAUGUAUAUAGUAAUCUUUUUUUUCAGAACUGUACAAAUGGUUUAAACAUGUAAAAUAUAAUAAAUCAACUGUCUGGGUGUAAGUUAA